CAUCCGGGUAGGCGUGUCAAUACAGAACACGCAUAAAGUCGAACAGCGACAAGAGAGAACCAAGACGUCAACAAGUGGCAUUAUUUUGGCCUUUGAAUAACUACAACUGAGGCUAGGUCACUUAUAACAAUGUUGUGAAAACACGGGACAGAGAUGCAGGAUCUAUAAUGUUUGUGUCGUGACUGUUGACAUCAUUUACAACAGUAGUAUAAUUAUAUUAUAUCAGUCCUAAGUGGUUUCAAGCCUUCUAAUUUGAAAUCUGACCCGGGAAUAUUUUAAGUAGAAGACUAGUUAUAAUCUAAAUAAAACAUAAUGGCUUCUGGAUAUACAAGUAAAGAUCCAGUGGCCGAUGCCAAUCGCUUUCAAGGGGAGGGAAUCAAUUUUCGAGCUAAAUUAAUUGGUAUAGAUGACGUACCCGAGGCAAGGGGAGAUAAGAUGUGCCAGGACACGAUACAGAAAUUAAAAGCGAUCGUCAAAAUUUCUAAAGAACACAAACAGAGGAUUAUAGUUAAUGUUUCUUUAGAUGGAUUAAAAAUCUUAGAUCAAGCCACUGCUAAUAUAGAUCAUACACACGAAGUUCAUAAAAUAUCUUUCAUAUCUCGAGAUAUGACGGAUUCUAGGGCGUUUGGUUAUAUCUAUGGACCUGGAGAUGGAUCUCAUAAAUUUUUUGGAAUUAAAACUGAAAAAGCGGCUGAAAAUUUAGUACUUUCUUUGAGAGAUUUAUUUCAAGUUGUAUACGAAUUAAAGAAAAAAGAAGUGGAAGAGGCGAAGAAACAAAAAGAAGAAACAACAAUACAGUUAAAAGAUGGUGAAGUUGGAGAAAGCGACGAUUCCGUUUAUCAGGUACCUCAAAAUGGUGCUCCAGUCGAAGGUACUGAGAGCGAAUAUGCUGUACCUAAGAAUAAUCAACCGAUUGCGGAGGAGGACGGUGGAAAUUUAUUGAAUUUACAAGAUCAAUUAACCAGUAUAGAAAAAGGUAUUAAACAAAUGAACACCUUCGAUAGUCUAUUUGGCACAUCUCCACCAGUAACUUCAGCAGCACCUAGUUUUGACGAUGCUUUUGGAACCAGUAUUUCUUCUGCUGCUCCCACUGUAUCAACACAACAGCCUUCAAUGGAUCUAGCAGGAUUGGGAACACCAGGUCCUGGAACCCCAUUUCCUACUGGACAGACUUCUAUGCCUUUUCAAACCGGCCUUACUACUCCGAUUGCUCGCCCAGGUUUUGGAGUUUCCAUGGGACAACCUGGUUUUCCACCCAUGGGCCAACAACCAGGAUUUCCCACACAAGUUGGACAAGCGGGAUUGGCAGCUCCUGGGUUUGGUGGUAGAUCAUCCUCACCAUUUGGUGGUAGAUCAUCCUCACCAUUUGGUGCAGCAGCAGCAGCUCCUGCUUUUCAACAGCCAACAGCACUACAACCUCCUCAAAGACAAGCUGCAAUACCAGUUACUUCAGAUCCUUUUGCAAAUGACCCGUUUUCAAGUCCAAAUCCAUUUGGUCAAACUAGCACUGCCGGAGUGGGAAGUCAGCCCAGUGCAUUUGGUGCUCCAGCAGGUAAUCCAUUUGGUGCUGCACCUGGUGGAAGUGGUGGUUUCCCAUCACCUCCUGCUGCAAAUGAUUCAGUCGGGUGGCCUGAUUCAGGAGCAGACAUUUUGGCACCAACCAAAUUAGGAGGUGAGGGCGAGACAGAACCUGAAAGUAAAGAUAAAAAGGGCAGUGAUUUUUUCGGAGAUUUGUGUGAUAUUGGAAGCAUGACUCAAAAGGCAAAGACACCAAAAGAUAUGUUUAAAGAAAAAAGCGAACCCCAGAAAAAAACAUUGAACCAGUUGAAGGCUGAGAAUUUAGCUGCUUCAGCAAAUCCUACUUUAGGAACGCCUUCCAGACCAGCUCCAGCGCCACCAGUCCAGUCAGUGGCUUCAUUACAACCUGCAGCGGAUCCAUUUGGAUUUGGAGCACCUGCUCCAGCUGCAGUCCCGGCAAAUGAUCCAUUUGGAAAUGUUCCUAUUGUUCCAACGACUCAACAGGCAAGUUCAUUCCCUGCACACGAUCCUUUUGGUCCAUUGGACAAAGGGGUGAAUCAUAUUCCUGACCUGGCCACCAAGUCUGCUGAUCCUUUCGACACAUCAUCCUUCCUUCACCAACCCACUCCUGCAAGGCACACAGAAUCCUCCAGCAAUAUCAAUGCCUCACAACAGCACAGUCGUCAAAGACCACGCCCAACAGCCAAAAAACCUGCAAGUAUACUCAAUGGAGAAUCAUCAAACAUAAAGAAACAAUCAGCGUUAAAUGAAAAUGAUUUUGAUUUACCCUCCCCUGACGAACCUCCACCUCCCCUCCCAAGUGAUGCUUUAUUUAAUAUACCUAAAAAUGCUCCUGCACCUCCACCUCGACCACCGUCAGCAAGUAAGAAAUCGUCAACACCUGUAGCCGUGGCCCGAUCGAGUUCAAUUAAAGACAGUUUAUCCGUGCAAUCUCAUCAAAGUGGUGCGAGUUCGAGUUCCGAUGAUCAGGAAACUUUGUCGAGUUUAUCGCCAAUUAGUACAAACUCGAGUUCGGACACAUCGCCAGUUCCUGCCAUACCGAGGCGAACAAAACUUUCAACGUCAUCUGAUACAUCUGCACCCCCUAUAUUAUCACAAGACACUUCAUCCUCAAGAGUUAAUCCUCCUCAUCCUGCGCUUAACCCUGAAUCUAACAAGUCGAUCACACAAAAACAGCCAGUGCCAAAACCGCGUAAAAGCUUGAGUUAUAAAAGUUCGAUAGGAAGUGCCGAUGGUGAUAGAAAAAAAUCGGAUCCUUUUUUUCCUGAUCCCGAUCCUUUUGCGGACGAUCCUUUUGCGGACGAUCCUUUUGCCCAAACUAUAAUCACCCCUAAUAAUAAUAAUAUCUGUAAGGAUCAGAACGAUAAUGACCCCUUUUUAUCUAGUCAACCAGCCAAUAAACCACGUGAUUUUCAGUCUAAAUGGGAGGCUUUUAGUGAUUUUAAUUGUGUCAGUGACAAUAUAACAAAUAUAGGUAACAAACACAAACACAAUCAGAAUAAUACCAGUAAUAAUAAUACGUCUUCCCUAUUCGGUGAUCCAUUUUAAAACAACCUACUUGAACAAAGAACAGAUGCCAAAACCUUUAACGAUAAUCAAAGAACAUAUACAAUAUAACUAUUGUCAUGGUGUAAAACUGUAUUUAUUCAUCCCAUCUAUAUACAACAUUGGAUAAUCUGCUGUUAAACUUUAUAGUCAGUUUCAGAUAUCUCUUAUCUUAUGCAACAAUAUGAUCAAUCAUUGUUUUAUUUGAUUUAUUAUAUUAUUAUACAACUUAUCUUUUACUAUUUAUAACACUGCUAUAUUUUUUAUAUCAUAGUGUUUUUUUAAGUCCUUA